AGUAGUGAAAGGUUCAAGAAACACAAAAAGAUAAAUAUAAAUACCAGUCGCUGAAUUUAAUAGAAUCACCAUGGCUGCUCUUUUAAAGAAGAGAGCACUUGCUGAGUACAGUCAAGUUAUACAGGAGGAACCAAAACCAAUAAAGAAGCUAAGACUUGUACAGAAACCAGUGACGUCUGAAAUCAAUCUGAAUUUGUCGUCUGCAACCAACUCCCAAGAUGUGUUAAAUAUAUUAUUGAGAUUUGGCAAUACACUACCUAUACAAGGAGAACAGACCAGUCAUGUGGUGACUCAAAUUCUAGAUCACUUCUCUCAUGAAAAAGAGACAAUAGUUAGAUGUAAGAUGGUGGAAUUGAUAGGUGAGAUGUCUAAGUUGCCAGGCUGUGAUGUAGCUGAGAUUAUCAAUGGGCUAAUGUCAUUGCUCAAUACUGAGAAAUCACAUAAAGUACAAGGAAGUAUAGUAGAAUCUCUAACUAGUGCUGGUCAAACUAUAUCAUCAUCUAAUACAGCUGUAAUACAGGAAUUGGUAGAGAAAGCUGUUCAGAUGUUAAAAGAUUCCUGUCAUAUGGUGAGAAGUAAAUGUUUGAGUUUAAUUGGAAAACUAUCAAGUAAUCAUUAUAAAACAGACAAUGGUAUACAUUAUAACAUACAAGAUAUAUUGGCAAACUUUACUCAUGAUCAAGAUCCCAGAGUAAGAUCUAGUUCUCUUCAAGCUAUGCUAUCAUUUCACCAACGUGGUAUACAGUUAGAUCAGAUGAUUUAUGAACAAGCAUGUAAAUCAUUAGUAGAUGAUCAUGAAUCUGGUAGAAUGGCAGCUGUUAAAUUAAUCUGGGUAUUAAGUCAUAUCUAUCCUGAAGUUACAAUCAAAAGUGAAGAUGGUGGAGAAGAUUUAAGAUUAAUAGAUGAUGGAUUUGCCAAGAUUUGUAAUAUGAUGAAUGAUAUAUCCAUGAAAGUACGGGCUGAGGCAGCAUCGUUAUUGGGAUCACUACAUCUUGUUAGUUCCAGAUUUCUAGAACAGACUUUAGAUAAAAAACUUAUGUCUAAUAUGAGGAGAAAGAAGAGUGCUAGUGAGAGAGCUAAAGAACAUUAUCAAUCAGGAGAAUGGUCUACUGGACAGAAAUGGGCUGAUGAUAAACCUAAAGAAGAAUUAGAUGCUGAAAGUGUUAAUCUAAUGAAUAUAGGAGCUUGUGGAGCUUUUAUUCAUGGUUUAGAAGAUGAAUUUUUAGAGGUUAGAAAUGCAGCAUUAGAUUCAUUAUGUGAACUAGCAGCCCAAUCUCAACAGUUCUCUAUAUUAUCACAAGAUAGUAUUAUAGAUAUGUUUAAUGAUGAGAUUGAGAUGAUCAGGUUAAAUGCUAUCAAUAGUUUAAGAAAGAUCAGUCAUAAUAUAAUAUUGAGAGAAGAUCAGCUAGAUAUUAUUCUAGGUGUUUUACAGGAUUAUUCAGCUAUAGUACGUGAAACAGCUCAUUCUAUGUUAGGUGAUGUUAAAUUAGCCACUAAAGAAUGUGUUAAUGCUUGUGUUAUGGCGUUAUUAGAUAAUUUACAACGAUAUCCACAAGAUAAAGAAGCUGUUUGGAGAUGUAGUCGUAAUAUAGGUUUAAAUCAUCCACACCUAACUUUAACAUUAGUACCUGAUUUAUUAUGUAUUCAUCCUUAUUUUGAUACACCUGAACCAGAUAUGGAUGAUCCAGCUUAUAUUACUGUACUAAUGUUGGUAUUUAACAGUGCUAUCAAAUGUCCGACCAUGUUACCAUUAUUUCAAGAACACACAUUACGUCAUUAUACAUAUUUACGUGGUAGUAUGCCUGAACUAGUACCAUCACUAGAUUUGAAUCAACAUGUAGAGAUUGUAGUGAAUAAUAGUCGACAGAAUCUUUCUGGUGUUCUUACACAGUGUGUUUCACAAUUAACUAAUCUAGAUAAACUAGAUAGUUCAUCUGUUAUACAAAUACUAGAAUUAACAGUCAGAGAUUUGGAGAGAUUGAAGAAAUUAGAUGUUUCAAUAUCUCAUGUAGCAGAAUGUACAAGUAUGUUUCUACAUGCUCAAUUAUUGGUCACAAAGUUAAUGAGUGAUAUUAAGAGAACCAGUGGGAAAAUGACACUGUCAUCUAAUGUUAUUGCACCUCUUGAUAAGGUGAUGAAAUUAACCACUACUCUACAGACCUUAUUUCUGGGUAUCAGUAAUAAGGAACUUUCAUUAAUAAGACAAACUGAACUACAAGCUUUAACUAUUCAGCUACAAUCUGUUAUAUUACAUGGAUCAUUAGCAGAACAACUACGUACAGCGGAAACUUAUAUUAAUUAUCUACAGCAUUUACAAAGAUUCUUAGAAACCAACAGUAUACAACCAGAUGAAUUCACAACACACCUGAUAGCACCACUUGGGAAUCUGGAACCAUCCAAACUCAAUAUCAUACGUCAUGUGACACACACUUCAUUAGAACUGAUUCAUCCUUCCAACUUCCCCAUCAAUAAACAAGUUAGGAAGACGGAAGUGAAGAUACAUGCCCCUGUCACAUGUUUAGAUAGUUCUGUUAAAUUCUCAGCUGGUCUAACUACUGGUAUACCAUUGGAUGUUACUGUAGAAAAUAUUGAAAAUACCAGAAAUAUACUAAUUCAGGUAAAUUAUCCUGAUCAACAACAACAGUUAAUAACACCAUGUUUAUCACACUGGAGAAAAUUAUCACCAUUACGUCAUAGAUUAACCACACAAGUUAUAAUAUCACAUGCUUUGUGGUCUGAAUCUUGUCCUAUAGAAAUAAGUCUUGUGAUGAAAGUAGCACCGAUUCCUGGAAGAAGAAAUACCAAAAUACCAGAAAAUAUUGAACUAUGUAAACCUGUUGAAAUACUUGUCUUAACCAAACCAUCUAAAAGAGCUUAAAGAUAUAUUUCUUUCAAUUUUAACAAAAAAUAUUCAUGUACCAAUUUCAUUCCUUCAAAUUGAAAAAAGAAUCUUUGUCC